ACCCAGGGUCUGGUUUGGGCAUGAGUGUAGAGGACGGGGGUAUGCCAAGCCUGGGCCGUCCCAGGCAGGCCCGCUGGACCCUGAUGCUACUCCUGUCCACUGCCAUGUAUGGUGCCCAUGCCCCAUUGCUGGCACUGUGCCAUGUGAACGGCAGAGUGCCCUUCCGGCCCUCUUCAGCUGUGCUGCUGACUGAGCUGACCAAGCUACUGUUGUGCGCCUUCUCCCUCAUGGUGGGCUGGCAAGCAUGGCCUCAGGGGGCCCCUCCAUGGCGCCAGGCUGCCCCCUUUGCGAUAUCAGCCCUUCUCUAUGGCGCUAACAACAAUCUGGUGAUCUAUCUUCAACGUUACAUGGACCCCAGCACCUACCAGGUGCUGAGCAAUCUCAAGAUUGGAAGCACGGCCCUGUUCUACUGCCUCUGUCUUCGGCACCGCCUCUCUGCACGCCAGGGAUUGGCACUGCUGCUGCUGAUGGCAGCAGGGGUCUGCUAUGCAGCUGGUGGUCUCCAAGACCCUGGAAGCACCCUUUCUGGCCCCCUGCCAGCAGCUGCUGCUGGCCCCAUGUCCCUGCAUAUCACUCCACUGGGACUACUGCUUCUCAUCUUGUACUGCCUCAUCUCGGGCCUGUCGUCCGUGUACACAGAGCUGCUCAUGAAGCGACAGCGGCUGCCUCUAGCACUUCAGAACCUCUUCCUCUACACUUUUGGUGUGCUCCUGAAUCUGGGUCUGCAUGCAGGUGGCGGCCCUGGCCCCGGCCUCCUGGAGGGUUUCUCUGGUUGGGCAGCGCUUGUGGUGCUGAGCCAGGCGCUAAAUGGACUGCUUAUGUCAGCAGUCAUGAAGCACGGCAGCAGCAUCACACGCCUCUUCGUUGUGUCCUGCUCCCUGGUGGUCAACGCCGUGCUCUCAGCAGCCUUGCUGCGGCUGCAGCUCACAGCUGCCUUCUUCCUGGCCACGCUGCUCAUUGGCCUGGCUGUGCGCCUGUACUAUGGCAGCCGCUAGUCCCUGACCACCUCCACCAGGACUCCUGACCCUGUAGAUUGGGUGCCACCUCCGAGGCCUCCCCACCCUUCUUCAGCAGCCAGCCCCGUAACAAGUGCCUUGUGACAAACGCUGGGGAAGUGGGAGCAGCCAGGUUAGUCUCUGGAGGUGGGUGGAGGAAAGGUUACCCCAGGAAACGUGAAAACUGGAUUUGCCCCAAGGUUCUUCUAGAAUAAAGAAAUGGGAGAGCAUGAAUACCCCGGCCUUAGAAGUGACUCCUCCCCAGUGGAUCUCCACGUCAUCCUGCAUGAAUGCAGUUGCUUCAAGUGGGGUGCAGGCAAUAGUUGGCUUUCCUUGCCUCCUGUGGUCACCCCAGCAGACCCAUUGCCCUGGUACUGGCUACUCCAGACCCCCUGUGGUACGUGACUCCCCCAGAAGAGCUAUCCACCUCAACUAUAAUGCAGGAAAGCCCAACUGCCAUAGAUUAUACACCCGUCAUCCAGGCUACUCUUCCAAACUCCCCUUGCUCCAGUGGCACCUGGAGACAUUGCCCCCUGCUCCCUCAACAGCGCUGCUCUCCACACACACCCAGCCUUUUCCUGGAGACCCCAGAGAGGGCUGGAGCUUGACUCAUCUCAGGGAAUGUUGCCGCUGGGCCUUGGCUUAAGGCUACACUCCUGACCUCUCUCCUCACCCCAAAGGCCCUCUCAAAACCCACUGUCCCUUCUACAGCUCCUAGGAGGUACCAUUUUUCUCACUCUGGGUCCUGCCCCUGUCUAGCAGUGUCCCAGCUCUCAACAGCUUAGGGAAGCUCUAAAAAGAGUGACCUGGCACCAGGCACAGGGAUAUUUGGUGUAGUUCAAUCAGUGUCUCUCUAACUGUAAGCAAUAAGGUCUGAAUAAAAUGUUCUGGGGUGCAGUGGUUCCUGCAAUUGGC